CGUUGAACAAACAACAAUGUCUUUGGCACUUCGCACUUGGUAGUUGUGUACAUAUUCUAUAUAGUAUAUUCUAUAAUACUACAAAUCAUGAUUCGUUCUCUGUCGUUGGCCUGCUUGUCCAUGAACUCAUGGAAAUAUUGAUGAAAACAUUGAAAACCGUAACGAUUAUAUUGAGUAUAAUAAUUUUGUACUGCUGGACGGGUGCCGGAGGGAUUGUCGACUGUCAAUUAUUGCUUUAAUCGCUGAUUUAAUAUGCUUAUAAUUAUAAUUAAUUAAAUAGAUAGUAUGGUACUAUUCUAUUGUAUUGCCAUUUAUUCCGAACGUUGAACAGAUAAUAUUUUUUUAACGCCGUAUUAGCAUAAUCUGAAUAGAAGGGGAAAAGUUUGAAUAUUUCAUCGGAGUUCUCCAUUUAUAUACGUUUUAUUUCGCGUCAAACAUUGUAAAUGCAAUCAUAAAAUAUUUCAAAGCGUAAUAGUUGAUGAACAUUUUCGCCUUAAAUCUAUAAUCAUUUAAGUAGACUAUUAUCUUGUCUAGCAAAAGUAUAUAUUGCUGUUGUAACAAUUUUCAUAUUCGGACAGUGGUAUUCAGAAUCAAGGUUCUAGAAAUGGAUGCGUGCUUAGCUGUUGAUCGUGAGGUCGACAAAGUAUUGUCGAGGUUUGAAGACAUGAGUAAAAGUUAUAAUGUUGUAUUGCAGCAAUUGAUUGAUAGCCUGGAAAAAAUACAAAAUGAUUGGCAAACAAAUGCUAUUAAAGACGAAAAUAAAAAGUCAUCAAUUAAUGAAAUAUCAAAUUUAAUUAAUAAAUCAAAAGAAAAAACACAACAAUUAGCUAUUGAACACCGAGAACUUCAUAGUACUGUAUCAAAAGUGGGAAAAGCAAUUGACAGAAAUUUUGUAUCAGAUUUUAACGCAACUUGUAAAGAGGAUAUUUUUGAUGAUCCAAAAAAUGUUACAUUUCUAAACUAUAUUAUUUGUCAACAUUUUUAUAGACAAGGAAACUUGGAUAUUGCUGAUGAACUUGUAAUGGAAUCUGGAAUAGUCAUGGAGCCUAGCAUAAGAGAACCAUUUGCUAAAUUGAAACACAUCAAAGAGUCAUUAAUCAAAAAAAAUAUUAACCCAGCUUUAGAAUGGGCAAAAGAAAAUCGUGCAGUGUUAGAUACUCAGAUGUACCCUCCAUACCCAUUGGUUAAAAGGAUUUCAUCGGCUUCAAAUUUGCCGAUUCGUAUUCCAUAUCAUGCAAAAAGAACUAAAUUUUCUGGUGGCAUAAUGAAACCAAGGCCAAAGACAAAAAAGAUCAAGAGAAUGGAAUUGGCAAAGAAAAUAAUGCARCAAUUUUAUAAGAGUUCUGCUCUUGAAUUUAAGCUUCACCAACUUGCGUUUUUAUCAAUUAUUCAAAAGGGUGUAGAAUAUCAAACUGAAGCUGUUACAUAUGCCCGAGCUAAUUUUAGUCCAUUUGUUGACAAAUAUGAAAAAGAAAUUCAAACUAUGAUGGGUAUGCUAUUGUUUAUUCCACAAGGUAUCAAUAAAUCACCAUACUCAGAUAUGGUUCAAGAAAAUAUGUGGGAUGAAGUAAUUGAAUUAUUUACGAGGGAUGCUUGUACUUUACUCGGAUUAAGUUUUGAUAGCUUACUGAAUGUCAGUGUUAAUGCUGGUUGUGCAGCUCUCCCUGCACUUUUAAAUAUCAAACACGUAAUGACACAGCGGAAAGUGAAUGAUAUUUGGAAAGGAAAAGAUGAAUUGCCUAUUGAAAUUGACUUAGACUCGGAGCAUAGAUAUCAUUCAAUGUUUGCAUGUCCUAUUCUCAGACAACAAAGUUCAGAUACCAACCCUCCUAUGAGACUUAUUUGUGGCCAUAUUAUAUCCAAAGAUGCUUUACAUAAAUUAGGAACCUCAACUAAGUUGAAGUGCCCAUAUUGCCCAAUGGAACAAAGYUCAUCAGAAGCCAAACACAUAUGUUUUUAGGCAUAUUUACCACUAAUCAUUCAAUUAAAAUUGUAAAUCUAUUAUUAUCGUUAUAAGCAAAAUGUAUCGAUUAAAACUUAAGGUAUGCUUUUCAACUUAAUAACUAUUUCUUUUCGAUCAUUAUUCAACAGAAAAAAAWAUCAUUAGAUAUUAAUGAAAAGUUCAAUUAGAUGAUAACUGUAUAAUUUAUGUAAUGAUUUUUAUAAAAAUAAGUAGACGACAACUUUCUAAUAAUAUUAUAC